CUCUUUUUAGCCGUUCUUCUGUUGUGUUUCAUCAAGUUUGUUGGCAAUAAGAUAAUUCUGUAAAGUUUGUGUAUAACUGCUGAGCUGGAGUUUUAUUAUUAUUUUUUUGGAAAAAUCCAAUUUUCUUCAAAAUAUAACCACGUGUUUUUUGAAGGAUAAUUUUUUAGAUAUUUUUCUUGCGUUAUUUUUACGCAAAGUUAAAUCCAAGUCUCAAAUAUGGUUUUAUUGACUAACGAGAAAUUUUAAGAUAAAUCCUUUUAAACUAGAAACUGUAUUUUUAAAUUUAUGAAAGACAAUUAACAUUAAUGCAUUGAAAUGCUGUGGAAAGUAAUAGUACUGUUUGCUCUAGUUAUGGAUUCAACUGCAUCAAAAACUGAUUUAGAACCAGAAUUUGCAGAUAGAAUAAUGAAUAAAACCGUUAAGGUUGGAGAAGACGUCGAGCUAUCCUGUAUAACAGAAAAUUUAGGCUCCUAUAGGGUUGCUUGGAUACGUGUAGAAAGUCAAACAAUACUGUCAAUUCAUACUCAUGUGAUCACUAGGAAUUAUAGGAUUUCUUUAAAUCACAAAGAUCACACGCAUUGGAAUUUGCAUAUCGAAGAUGUCCACGCAGAAGACCGUGGAAGCUAUAUGUGUCAAAUUAAUACAGUGCCCAUGAAGAAACAGAUUGGAUUUCUUGAAGUUGUAGUGCCUCCUCAAUUUUCAAAUACAGAUAGAAAUUCAGAAAUCCUUGCUCGAGAGGGAACCAAUGUGUCGCUAAGUUGUACAGUCACGGGUCAUCCUCAGCCAAGUGUUUCUUGGCAAAGAGAAGAUGGCCAAGCUUUUCAUGCUGGUCCAACGCACAAUAAAGAUCAACAAUAUGCUACCUAUGAAGGCGAAGUGCUAACGAUAUCAAAAGUAAGUCGGCUUCAUAUGGGUACGUAUCUCUGUACUGCCAAUAACAGCGUUCCACCGAUUGUCACAAGAAGAAUACAGCUUUAUGUACAUUAUGAGAGGUUAGAAAUGCUAGAUGACUCGCUGAGUCGAGAAAGAAAUUUUCCUAACCAGUCACCUGUGCAGGAGAUAGUUAGUACACAAGCGGGGCAACUGUAUAACGACAACCGGACGAUGAAUGGUCUUCGGCUGGUGAAGACCAUUCCUUAUGGCGGCAUUUAUGACAACAGCCGACAACGAUUCAUUGCAGCAGCAUUUCUAGUAGCAUGA